GUGGAAGACACCUUACCAUGUCGGCCUUUCAAAACCCAGCGGAUAUCAACGACGCACAGGCUUUGUUGGCUCUUAAAUCAGCGCCAGCGAGUCCAGCAAAUGUCAGUGUUAGUGCAGAACCUAAAGGAACGGCCAUUGCACGACUGGAAGGGCGAGACUUCAAGUACAUGAUGCGACAGACCCGCGUCACAAUCGGUCGAAAUAGCAGCAAAGGCGAUGUAGAUAUCAACAUGGGUCAUUCGAGUUUCAUUUCCCGAGUACAUCUGGAGGUUCAGUUUGAUCAUCCAAAUUUCUUUCUGAAAUGUAAUGGGAAGAAUGGUGUGUUUGUUGACGGAACAUUUCAGCGGAAAGGGGCGCCCCCUUUACAGCUGCCACGAUCGUGUAUAGUGCGCUUUCCCAGCACAAACAUCAAGAUCAAGUUUGACUCACUAAUAGAAGAGUGGAAGCCUGCCCCUCCCCCACCAGCCCCUGUAUCACCCAAGAGGAAACCUGUCCAUGUCACCCCCUUGGAGAUUAACAUCCCCAAGAAUGAGGUUUCCUUCAGCAGUCCAUGCCCUUCUCCCACAGGAACUAUUAGUGCUGCCAACUCUUGUCCGACAAGUCCUCGGGGUGGGAUGACCAGAUCAAACUUGGUGCCCGAUCUUCAGAUGGCGGCGAUGUACGCUGCAGCGGCCCACAAGAGGGAUGAGAAGGACUCCCCUGCAUCGGGCAACCCCGACCAGCCAAAAGACGAGUCUAAACCUCCAUAUUCAUACGCACAGCUGAUGGUACAGGCCAUCAUGUCUGCUACAGACAAGCAACUGACACUUAGUGGCAUCUAUGCUUAUAUAACCAAAAACUACCCAUACUACAGAACGGCUGACAAGGGCUGGCAGAACUCAAUCCGGCACAACCUGUCACUAAAUCGUUAUUUCAUCAAAGUCCCCCGAUCACAGGAGGAGCCUGGGAAGGGUUCCUUUUGGAGGAUCGACCCAGCGUCAGAAGCUAAACUUUCAGAACAGGCAUUCAGAAGGCGGCGACAGAGAGGGGUACCCUGCUUCAGGACACCCUUUGGGGGACUAUCCACAAGGUCAGCUCCCGCCAGCCCCAGUCAUGUGAUGGGUACAUUCACCCCCGAUUGUCUCUCCCGAGAAGGAAGUCCCAUACCUGAGAGUGCGGCAGAAGGGGAAACUUCACAGGGCAACAAGUCCGCUCCGGUGAUAACGACCGCACCUCAUCUGCACUCUGACCCCCGUUUCAGCCAAUCAGCACCGGGAUCACCAUCAGGCUCCAGAGUAAUCUCCCCUUUGACUGUGACCUCUGUGAAGCCUCUGGGAGGCGUGGGUUCCCCAGCCCUCCAUCACAUGCCCACAGUGAUCACAAAGCCCAAAAUGAUCAUGUCUCAGCCUGCCCAGGUACUUCUAAAUGGCCCCGGCUUAGCAGCACCUGUCACUAAUGGAACUCACGCCGAAGGCAAGAAAGAGGUCACCAGUAGUACAUCAGAUCACAAGCCCCAGCACACACUCCUAACCAGUGCCUUGGGUCAACCCAUCAUGACGGGGAAGUCAGUGACCAUCUCACAUGUAGUCUCUAACCUGGCUAUGUCAGGAAACGCAGGGGUGAAGGGAACAGCUUUGCCUCAGGUAGUGAGCACCCCAGGAGGCCAAACCAUGGUUCAGCUGAUUCAGCCUGUCUCCCUGGCCCAGGUCACAGCCACCAAUCAGCUGACGUCACAGUCAGGCAUGGCGACUGCUGUGAUAUCCACAGUUGGAUCUGUUGUCCCAACAGAGGGCCGGGUCCUACAGACAACUACACCUAUGACUGCCAACAUGCUUCCCGCCAACCUAAGCCCCUUCCCCGUCUCUCUGGUACAGGUCAAGCGGUCAGCAAGUCCCGCCAAUCUGCAGAAACCUGAUGCAGGCGAGUCCGACGCCAAGCGUAUCAAAACAGAGGCAGCAGAAUGAGUGGGUCAAUGCUGAGGUCAGUGAGCCGUGAUGUGUGCUGGCCGACCUAGUCUGUCUUCACCUGGUCAGCAGUCAGCGGACUUAUGUAGAGAUGAUUUCCUUCCUGGCCGCUGGGCUGACCUGUAGAGCCUGUUAUUGCAGCCCCUCUUAGCUGGCUUCAUCAAAUCCCUAGUGCUUCAACCCUGUCCCCCAGUGUGUGCUGUCCGGGGGAACCCUGGGGCCAGCCUGGGCUGUGUUAGUGGGACUUGGAGACCCCAGUGAUUUUUAAUGUGAACAACACUUACAUGAUGGACAAAUGUAGCAUUGGAAGUGUGGAGUGAAAUGGUCGACUCACGCAGAUUGGUACACAUAUUUAAUCGGGUCUCAUUCCAUAGACUUGUCACUACAAGGGUUCUUUCAUGUGUUUUUUUAUGUUCAUUGUGUGUGAAAAUUGAUUGGACUUGACAACAAGGGUUGGGGGUCAGAUUAUUUGCAUCUGUUUACAGAAAUCAAAAUGAAGUGAACUCUCCAACGGGCAAAAAGACACUUGGAUCAUCUGUAGAGCUAUGUACUGUAUACAGAAAUCCGAGAACAAAUUUAUUGCCCUUUGCCAUACUCUACAAUAAGUGUUCUCUGACCUCCUGAUGCCUAUGAUUUCAUGCCGCUUAGCACAUCAUCAAGUUAGUUUACUCCAAGUACAGAUAAUCCAUUCCCCAGCUUGCAGUGCUUAAAGCAUAAACUUAGAAAGCCAAUUGUUUAUUCAGGCUCCAACAGGGAGUAGCAGUAAAUGUUGGGUGUUGUAAAUAGACUCCUGAUUUGCUUUCCUACACAUAUGAGACUUGUCAAUUCAACAGAUUUGCGCCUCACAUAGUGUAUGUCAAGAAAGUUUUUUUUUCAGUUGUAAUUUAUCAACACGAUUAAUUAGUAUACUGUCAUAAUCUCUCAUUCAAAGCAUCAUUUAAUCUGAAUUAGACAGACCCCCUGCCUUCUAUCCACCUCCUGUCAGAUGAAUCUGUUGUGAUGUGCCAAGUACAGUAAAUGAGCUAAGAUAUCUGUCCGUCAUGCCAUACCCCAUUCUACCCAGUCUAAACCUACUCAGUGUUUCUAUCCCACCCUCUUCCCUGGUGUAUCCAGUAUCUGUCCGUCAUGUUCUACCCAGUCUAAACCUAUUCAGUGUUUCUAUCCCACCCUCUUCCCUGGUGUAUCCAGUAUCUGUCCAUCAUGUUCUACCCCAUUCUACCCAGUCUAAACCUAUUCAGUGUUCCUAUCCCACCCUCUUCCCUGGUGUAUCCAGUAUCUGUCCGUCAUGCCAUACCCCAUUCUACCCAGUCUAAACCUACUCAAUGUUUCUAUCCCACCCUCUUCCCUGGUGUAUCCAGUAUCUGUCCGUCAUGUUCUACCCAGUCUAAACCUAUUCAGUGUUUCUAUCCCACCCUCUUCCCUGGUGUAUCCAGUAUCUGUCCGUCAUGUUCUACCCCAUUCUACCCAGUCUAAACCUAUUCAGUGUUCCUAUCCCACCCUCUUCCCUGGUGUAUCCAGUAUCUGUCCGUCAUGUUCUACCCCAUUCUACCCAGUCUAAACCUAUUCAGUGUUCCUAUCCCACCCUCUUCCCUUGUGUAUCCAGUAUCUGUCCAUCAUGUUCUACCCCAUUCUACCCAGUCUAAACCUAUUCAGUGUUCCUAUCCCACCCUCUUCCCUGGUGUAUCCAGUAUCUGUCCGUCAUGUUCUACCCCAUUCUACCCAGUCUAAACCUAUUCAGUGUUUCUAUCCCACCCUCUUCCUUGGUGUAUCCAGUAUCUGUCCGUCAUGUUCUACCCCAUUCUACCCAGUCUAAACCUAUUCAGUGUUCCUAUCCCACCCUCUUCCCUGGUGUAUCCAAUAUCUGGCCUUCAUAUUCUACCCCAUUCUACCCAGUCUAAACCUAUUCAGUGUUCCUAUCCCACCCUCUUCCCUUGUGUAUCCAAUAUCUGGCCUUCAACUUUUAUCAUACAUGAAUAAUAGAUCUUUGCAUACACUGGCAGACGUUUGUAGUAAGAUGAUGUAAUUGUGGUGAAUUAAGGAAAACUCAAAGAAAAUGAAGUUGUUCACAAUUGUAAAUAUUUUUAUGUAUAUCAAAUCCUGCAUAUCGUGAGUUAUUUGAUUUCAAACAAUGCUUUUUAGGCAGCAUUGUACACAUUUACAGUGCAUGCAUAUUGUGUGUGUGUGUUGUUGACAGUGCUUAUAGACUUUAUGUAGUUUGGAAAAGCCAUAUACAAGUGAUGUAUAUUUUAUGCCAUUUGCACCAAAUGUGCAUCCAUGUUAUAUCUGCCAGUGGCAGGUUACAGUUCAUGUGUAUUGAAUGGCAUUUGUUGUGUAUAUGCAAUGUGGGAAUGCCUUGUGAGAUACUGCAUAGGUGUUCUAUGCAGUACAAGUACACUAUUUGAUGUCAUUUACUGUGCAUGUACACUGUAUCGGGAUGCCAUUUGUUAUGUACAUGUACUGUGUGGGGAUACUUUUUGUUAUGUACAUGUACUGUGGGGAUACUUUUUGUUAUGUACAUGUACUGUGUGGGGAUACUUUUUGAGGUACAUGUGCUGUACGAAGUGUUCUUUACAGUACAACAACACUGUGUGAUGUCAUUUAGUGUACUGCAAAGGAAUGCUAUUUUGGGAUUUCAUGCAGUGUGUGGAAAUGCCUUGAGAGGUACAAAACCUGUACUAGGUGUUAUUGACAGUGCAAGCAAACAGUGUGAUACCAUUUACUGUACAUGUGUAUGGUAUUGGUGUACCCUACAAGGUACACACUGAUUUUCACUCUCCGAUGUUAACUGUAUAGGGUUAUUAUAGCUUAAGAUGAUGAAAUCAUUUUUGUUGCAUGUUAUAAGAAAUUAACAUGUGUGAUUUUUCUGUGGCUUUUCUGUGUUUUAUCUGGUUAUUUUGUUGAUCUUUUGGCCUCUGUUUUCUGAGGGUUAGCAGUUAUGUCUAAGCCAGUGAUGUAUAUAAUUAUGUAGUUAUUCACACAUUUUAUUUACUGUCUCAACCUGUUUUUAUCUUACUGUUUUCAAAAAAGAUUCCUCAAUAUUUAUUCUUCUGUGUCUCCUAAUUUUGCGUGCUCUCUAGUACCUUAAGUCUUCCACAACUGUUUCCUCCUUAUUUCUUGUGGGGAUGGCCAGUCAGGAUGGAGCAUGAACCCACCAAAUCCCCUCCAGCAGGAUAAGUAUGUACUAAGCAGCACCUUAACUUGGGCUGCACAGGAACAGACAACUGAUCAGUCCUCUCGUAAUAUCAAAUGCUUUCCUUGUACUUGUUCUUAAUUUUCCUUUUUUGCCAUCAAUGGUUGAAAAUUUUCAUGUUUUAAAUGAUCAAGUGAUCAAAAUGAUUUUAUUAAACAGAUUAUUAUUCAUUGUACGUAUUCUGGAUUAACUUUCGAUUGAACAUCAUGUUCUUGGUGAAUUUUUCCCAAUGUUAAUCAUGUUGCUAUUGUGUCUUCCCCGGGCUUCAGAAUGUUUCAAGCUUUUUCCCCAGCCUUUACAUUGCUAGUGUAUCUUCCCCAUCCUUUAUGAUGUUGCUAGUGUAUCUUCUCCACCCUUCUCAUCAAGUUGCUAGUGUAUCUUUUCCACCCUUCAUUGUGUUGCCAGUUUGUUGCUAGUGUAUUUUCCCCAGCUGUCAUCACAUUGCUAGAUUAUCUUCCGUAGCAUUCAUCAUGUUGCCAGUUUGUUGCUAGUGUAUCUCUCCCAGCCUUUAUCAUGUUGCUAGUGUAUCUUCCCCUGCAUCAUCACAUUGUUAGUGUAUCUUCCUCAGCCUUCAUCACAUUGCUAGUGUAUCUCCUCAGUCUUCAUUGCAUUGCUAGUGUAUCUCCCUCAGCCUUCAUCACAUUGCUAGUGUAUCUCCCUCAGCCUUCAUCGCAUUGCUAGUGUAUCUUCCCCUGCCAUCAUCACAUUGCUAGUGUAUCUUCCUCAGCCUUCAUCACAUUGCUAGUGUAUCUCCCUCAGCCUUCAUCACAUUGCUAGUGUAUCUUCCCCAGCCUUUAUCAUGUUGCUAGUGUAUCUUCCCCAGCCUCCAUCACAUUGCUAGUGUAUCUUCCUCAGACUUUAUCAUGUUGCUAGUGUGUCUUCCCCAGCCUUUAUCAUUUUGCUAGUGUAUCUUCCUCUAGUCUCUGUACAUCAUAUCUCCAUGUGUAUUGCGCUGUAAAUGAGGUUUUCAAUGUAUCUUUCCCAGUGUUCAGUGUUUCUCAGUGUGGUGAGGACAGCACUGAUUUAUUGUACCACUCUGAGACUUGUAUGUACAUAGAACACAAUAAAGCUGUCGUUUUGAGCAGUGAUGCUCUGUGGACAUUGAGAGGAGUGCAGGUUAUUGUAUCCUAACUUGUUAUUUGUAAGUCUAACCUGGAUGAUGUGUCCAACUCUGAUGUUGAAUGACUCACAACCUCCACUCUGUAUGAUGUGGUUUAUGUAAAUGUGAUUAUAUUGUUUCAUAAUAUGAAUCUUUUUGAUAAAUUCUGAUGGGAUGUCAGGUGGAAAGCCUUAGUUUGUCCUAAGUAGCAUAAGGACAAGCGACAGAGGUCGGUCUGACGAUUCACUGGUCAUAAAGGUCAAGAUACCAGUAAACUUGGUGGGUCUUGAGGCUAUGGUCAGUUGUAAUAUGUGCUAAGCUGUAAACUACAUUUUGUACACUAGUGCCUGUAGCCCGUACAGUUCCUGCUCUGUUCAAGCCAUAGCCAGAUUUGGACUUCCCUUAUAUACAUGUAGUAUGGUAAAUAUUGUUGUCAACUGCGCCUGUUCUCUUCUAGCACUGUCAUUGCACUAGCUGCCAGAUGUAACGCCUCCCAUGUGUAUAUUUAUCAUGGUUUGGAUCAGUUGCAAUCAUGCUCUCUCUAAAUUCAAAUAAGAUUUGUCAGUACAAAUAAAAUAUCAGCUUUUU